AUGAGGGCAUUUGUAGUUUUACUUUUAGCUGGAAUUGCUGUAUUAUGUCAGUCAGGUAACGUCUCUCCUCCUAUCCACUAUAUACAUUUAACUUGAAAAAAAUUACUUAAUUCAUUAAAUUAGUUCUCUUUUCUUAAACAGAGUGGUAAAAUGAAUGAUUUUUGUCUUAAACGGGGUCAGGGUUUGAAGGGUUCGGCGGCACACCUCUAUCCAAACUCCGCCGGGGGACGUUAAGCCCCAACUCAAUGAACUCACAACCAAAUGCAGAUGACUUGUUUGCGCGUGUUUUUUUUUUUUUUUUUUCGCAUGUACAGUAUCUGCUAUAAUAUGCCAGAAAGAUAACCUUAAAUUUUCAUGUAUAUUUUUUAAAAUUACAAAGUGAUUCUGAGAUACUAUAUAUAAAAUAUGAUUUCAAUGCUUCCUUUUGGUGGAUUAUUGAAAUAAUUAAGAGGUUUCAGGAGCCCAUCUGGUAGUUUAACGAUUUUCUACUAAUAUCAUUAUAUGCCUAACAAAUAUUUUUCCAUUCACAGGGUCAAUACAAAGAAACAAAAGAGGUAAGCUGGACAUCUUCCUGUACGUAAUUAUGGACAAAACGAAUUUCCAAUUUCCGUGUUUGUCAGAUACUGAAAAACAAGUGAUAUAAAAGCCAAAGAGGGUUCAUUUGAAUCAGCUCCGAACUCUAUUUUUUUGCCCACAGACUCGAAAGUUAGUGCAAUAUGACAUUUCUUUAUCUACAACAGACUCUAUUUAUACUACUAUAUUUUAUAGCACUAAUGCUACUGGGGCCGAGCAAAUACCUGAAAUAAAAAAUUCAAAUUGAACUUAACAGGGUUAAGAAUCACAACUGGCCGGAGGCAAACCAGCUGGCUAUUUACAAGCGUGGUCGAGGAUUUGAACUCGAGACUACCGUGAACAAAUCCAGCUAGCGGUCAGGGGGGGACUUGAAGUCGGGACCUCUGAAUUGUAAGUCCAGCGCUCUAACCACUCAGCCACGCUGCCUCCUUGAAAAUGUUCAAAUGGUUAAAAAAAAUGUAUUUUACACCAUUGCCUUUUAAUUAACAAAAUAUACUAUUCGAGGAAGGAAAACUAAAGAAGCAAAAAUGGCUGUUCUGCUGUGGGAACGUACAUACUUUUCUUUCUUUCCAAUAAUUCGUCAGACUUUAUAGCGAGGAUAUAAUCAACAUAAUUAAAAGAUUUGCUAUUAUUCCAGGUUAUCUCUCGCGAACUGGAUUGUGCGUUAAUCCUGCGGAGAACUUUAAAAUCAAGGACCCUCGCCUGAACUUCUGGGGCGUGGCUUAUGUACUUCCAGAUGACGCUAAUCCCAAAUGCACUGAGUCUGAGUGUUCAGAGGACAGCCACUGUGACGCUGACCGGAAGUGCUGCAAGAACUACUGUGGUGGCAUGGUGUGCACACCUACAAGUAGGUAGAACUUGCUACAUUUCCAGUACUGUACUGGAAAUAGUCCCUUGUAUAUGAAACGGACCAUGCCUAAAAUUUUAGAAGCGAAAAAUACAGAAGCGCCAAGUACUUAUGGUAGUUAAUGCCAGUAUAUAACCCCGAAAGACGCACUGCAUGGUUUAAAUGCCUUUCGGUCCUAAUGGUCUUUACGUUUGCCAUUACCAUUACCACAUCGAUUGUUGUGAUACAUGUGUGAAACAAGUACAUUUGCAUUUCAUGUAAAGCUCUUUUUAGAAUAACCAAUAUAACUUACCUGUUGUCUUGCAUUUCAACAGCUUUUUAACCCACAAUAACGAAAGAUAAAUAAUUAGAUUGCAUUUAAUUUUUUUCAGUGCGAGAUCCAAAUCCAUGCAAGGUAAGAUGAAGCCAACGCACCUUUUAACUGCGCCGUCCCAAAAACCGUUUUCUGGAGAGCAACAUUUGUAAUUUAUUUGAUUUAAUUACCUUGGGAAAAAUCCCAUUUUAUGCAUUACUAACUGCAAAAGGUAACAUGAAGGAAUUUAUAUUAGAGUCUAGAGAUUGAGUCAAGGUACGGCCAUGUACUGGUCACUGGUUGUAGAAUGGAACUUAAUAUAUUAAUUUACGGCAUGAGCACUUGUCCUUAAUCUGGAAACAUUCUUGUGCCCCGAGCCCGUCUUUUGUCUCGUUAGAAACGAGCCCAGUAGCUCUGGGGACGAGAAUAUCUUGAAGGUCCAGGCAAUGGAAAUAGAUAAUCCUUAUCUAUAGGGCGUGAAGGCCUGAACUUCUGUGCAUUUCAUAAAUUGAAUAGUUCUCAGUGAGCUCAAGAAGAAGUAAGUCAUCAAUUUUAACAGCAUUUGCAAUAACACCUUUAUAGCAGCUAAAUAUGCUAGUAACGGCUAAUUUUAAGUGAUCGUUGUUAUUUUUUGCGCUUAUAAUUGACAAUAGGUCCAGCUUGGUAAAUAUUAAAACUAGUAUAAUUUAACGUUUUUUUUUUUAACCUGGACAACAGAAAUUCCAGUGCCCCGUUGGUCAAACCUGUAAGAUUCAAUACGUACCAUGUGUGAUGCCAAAAUGUAAGGAUGCUAUCGCCGUCAACAGACCGACAUGUGUCAAGGACCCAAAUGGUACGAAAAAAAUUUUAAUCUAAUAAUUGGUGUGGGAGAGGGUAGACAGAGCUUGAGAACAGGUGAGGGGAAGGGAGGGGAGGGAAAGGGAGAGGACAGGAGGGGGGGAGAAUCUUCUCUCAGAUAACAAUGUAAAAUUUUGUCUGAUCGCCAUGGAAAUGUUUAGUGUCAGAGUCCCGAUGAUUGUUCGAGAAGAAAUAGGAAGCCGAAUAUAAAAGCACUAACAGGGAAGGAAAACAGGAAAACUAAGAGUUAACCACGAGGACAAAACUUGAUAUGGUAAACAGGCAAAGAAAAGGAAAAAAAAUAAGUCGGCAAUCCUAACAAUUAGGUUAAGACCAUGGUCACUAAUAAGCCGAUCAUAAAUGGAGGAGUGUUUUGAGAAGCGGUAGCUAGCCUACUAAGAAUUAUAACAACUCCCCAUGGGAGAUUAUAACUAAAUGUAUCACUUAUAGCAAAACGAGAGACGGAAAGCACUCAAGCUGUCACGACGAAAGUUGGAUGAAUUUAAUAUUCAUUUAUGCUAUAUUUUGUUUCUCUUACACUUACUUUUACCGUUUGGACCUGGAUCCGUUUGUUGAUGCAGCUGUUCCUCUUCCAGGUAAGUGAUUAUUUUAAUGAAAACUUUCUUAGUCCGCAACUAUUUUAAAGCAAGCGGCGCAACCAUAUGGUCUUCUUCUCGCAGUUUUUAUUUUUACGCGCACUCGACGACCUCUUAAGAGAAAGUAGAAAGUUUGUGAACAGGCUAAAGCUGUCCAUUUUUUUAUUUUUCCCUAUAAACUCCAUUUCCCAUUGCUAAUAGCUGGGCUAAAGGGACAUUAUUUGGCCCCUUAUCUAUUGUUUACCGAAGAUUUUGCGUAACCAUUGUCUCCGAUUUCUCAUGGGACGACUGCAAUACCCAGGAGAAAUUGAAAACCAUGGUUAUGCAAAAUUUUGGGCGGUAAACAAGGUACAUUAUGGUCUCGUUGAAAGUUGACACUAGCUUUAAAAACUACAUUGGGAAAUUCCUUAGUUAGAUCACGAAUACCUAUAUUCCUUGUUCAGCCAUCAUGUGAAGUCAAUCAAUAAAAAUAAUUAAAUCAUAUUUUUUCCAACAGCACCUCCAGCAGCACCCCCUGCAGUGCCUCCAGCAUCACCCCCUGUGUUACCUCCUGUAGCACCAGGGUACCCCGAACAGUCCAGCUUUGCACCCUCGCUUUACAAUCAACAACCACUGGCGUAUCAACCGCAGCCGCAGCAAUAUCCACAGGCUCCCCAGGCGUCUUUCAUGCCACAGCAACCCAUGGCACCCUUGCCACCCCCAAUGGCUCCUAUGUCACCUAUGAGUGCAUAUCAAAAUGACCAACCUGGUGGUGAAGCCAAUGCGCCAGCUGGUUUUACAGCUGGAAAUCAACCUGAUCUAGAAACUGGUGUUAACGAUGCUCCUUUGGCCAAAGCAUUACAAAACGAAAAUCAGUCGCUGGCCUUUCAGAACGACUCCCCACUUCCCAGUGAUCAAAGUAAUUUUCUUCCGCCACCGCCAGAGGCAAGGGAACAACAGCAGCCUUUAGUUAAUGAGCAAGCAAUCGCGCCCCCUGCGGCUAAUCCUAUGAUCGCUCUCCAGCCUCGCUGGGACCGAAGCACCACACUCCAAUAA